AUGUCGACUAUUUCAACUGUCCGCCGUCUGCGACGUAUCUUCGUCGGAAGCAACCACAACCCCGCCGCCAAAACACCGGAGCCCACCAUUACCUCUUUACACACCACUAAUAGCACAACACAAGGAAUCGUAAAUUUCUUAAAAAGAUCAUCCAUACACCCCGAGUUUCGUCGACGUAUUUCCAAUUAUGAAACCGGCAUUUACCGCCUUGUUAAAGCCCAACACUUCUCCGGCAUCCAUGAAGUCAUCGAACAUCAAAAAACUUACCCAGAUAUUCGUAACGAGUUUUUUGUAUGCGGCCUCAUUCUCCUCUACGGGAAAGCAAAAAUGUAUGAUCAUGCACGUAAACUGUUCGACGAAAUGCCUAAAUUAAAUUGUUCGCGGAGUGUGUUUUCCUUCAAUGCUCUUUUGGAAUCAUGCAUUAAAUCGGAGAGAUAUGAUGAAAUUGGCAAACUGUUUCGUGAAUUGCCCGAGAAAUUGUCAAUUGUGCUUAAUUUAAUGUCAUAUAACCUUGCGAUGAAGGCGUUGUGCAAAGCUGGUUCUGUAGAUUCUGCUGUGCAUUUGAUGGAUGAGAUUGAAAAACAUGGGAUUAAGCCGAAUACUGUGACUUGUAAUACAUUGUUAACCGCGCUUUAUGAAAGUGGAAGGCUUACUGAAGCUGAAAACUUGUGGAAUAUGAUGGAAAAGAAAACUAUUGAUCAUGAUCUUCGCAGUUAUAACAUUAGAUUACGAGGUUUGCUUAAAGCUAAUGAGGUUUCCAACGGGAUUCAGUUGUUUGAGGAGAUCGUUAACAAGGGUUUCAAACCGAGCAAAUUCACCUACAAUGCACUGAUAAAGACGUAUGUUGACGAAGGGAAUUUGGAGCAGGCUAAUAUGUGGUAUGAAAAGAUGGAGCAAAAUGAUUGCCUGCCUGAUGCUGUAACGUAUCGUAUGCUUAUUCCUUUGGCUUGUGAAACGAAAGAAUUCGAUUUCGCGCUGCACUUGUGCAUGAAAGCUAUCGAUGCAGAAGUGCUUAUUUAUAGAAAUAUAAUGCAGAGAGUUGUUGAUGGAUUAGUUGAGCAAUCUAAGAUUGAAAAUGCAAAGGAGCUGGUUAAGUUGGUCAUGUCAAGUAAGAGAUUCCUGUAUGAGCUUUCGUUGCCUCUGCAUAACUAG